AGCGUUUCCAGCAUCAGCUGAGGCAGUGGGGCGCCACCAGACGCCCGCCGUUCGCAGCCCGCGCCGCUUCGGCCCCCGCCGCCCCUCCCCUCGCUGCCUCCCUGCCGCCCUGCGCUGCCAGUUGCGCGCAGCCGUCUCAGGCCCCAGGGCCGUGGAGGGCGCGUGAUCGGGCGACGGGACCUGUGCGUACAUCUCCCUCUCGUCGCCCUGCCCGGCUCCCUCGUUCACCCGCCCGCGGCCCCGGCCGCGGCGGCCACCGCCGUCGGCGGCAUCUCUCUCGACCGCAGCCGGCGGCGCCCGCCCGAGAGUUGCGCGGCCGCCAGCGCGGGGCUGGGGCCUCGGCGGCGAUGGCGCCGGCGCGGCCCUGGGGCCGCGCCGGCCGGGUCGCCGCCGUCUGCGUGGCGGCCUGCGCCGCCGGCUGCCGCCUCGUGGCGGCUGCGUGGGCGUUCCCGGGGCGAGGCGGCGGGCGGGGCCCUGCGGGCGCGAGCCCGGCGCGCCGGGGGAGGCCCCGGGUGGCCUUGCGCUCCUGGGCCAUGAGUCAGGUGAAGGGCGGCAGCAGGCUGACCAGGGCGGCGCCGGCGGCGUUACUUCCAAUUGAGGAGAUGGGCCUCAAGCUCUGCAUGCCGGACUUGGACGACAUUCCCGAGCUCGCGGAGGCAAUGUGGGGCGCCUUCGACCGCGUGCAGGUGAGGGUGGGCGACUGGGUCCCCUUCUCGGAGGUCGUCAACUCCGUCAAGGGCGGGUGGGAGAGGAAGGACCUCUCCCAGGACCUCGCCUUCCGGCUCGGAGGCUCCCUCCAGUUCGCCUCCCUGCUGAGGCCCGUCCGCGCCGAGAGCAUCGCGCUGCUGGUGCGGCAGAGCAGGGACUCGGUGAUCGAGGGGCCCAUCGCCGCCUACUUCGAGCUCAGCCUGCUGCCCCCCGACGGCCGCCGGCCCGAGGCGGAGGGCGACGGGACGCUGCCGUCCACCAUCCUGGCGAGACCGGAGCCUUACUUGACGAACUUGUUCGUGACGCCGAGGUCGCGGCGGCAGGGGCUGGGCAGGGCCAUGGUGCAGGUCGCCGAGGACAUUUGGAAAUCGUCGUGAGGGUCUGGGGCAGGGACAAGAUCUAUCCUCGCGGUGGCGGACCUGCACAUCGACGGGUACGAGCCGUCGAGGCGCCUCUACGUUUCGGCCGGGACGUGAGCCCGCCGAAAGACGGCGUCACCCACAUGUGGAAGCAGCUGGAAAUUCCCGUGGAGGACGCGGGCGACGGGGCGUCGGGGGAGGUGGAGCUGGCGGCGCCGUGGUCCUCCGCCGCCGCUGGUCGGGAGGUGGCGCCCAGGGAGGCGGCGGAGGGCGCUCCGCGGGCGCUGCCCGCGGCGGCCGCAGCCCGCAGCCUGCCGCCGCCGCAGGAGCCGCCGGCCGACUGAGGGCCGAGGCUGGGGCCUGCGGCCGCUGCGGCAGCCUCGGCGGUUGCAGCAGGGGCGCCAGGGAGGAGCAUCCCACGCAGCCACGGGUUCUUGCCAUCGAUGUGUGUAUGCAUGUAUGUAAGGGGGGGACGAUGUGUAAAUCACCACUGGGAGCCAGCGAAUUUGUACACCGCCACCCUCUCUGAGGGUACAGGGAGAACUUGUCGGCGGAUGACCGUGUGUAGAUGUUCUUUGUGUGCAUGUGUACGACGAGGCUGCCUGGCGAAUCCAUCCAUCUUGCCUCCGCCGACUGCGCGGUUGGGGCAGCUCCCCGCGGCGUGUGUUUCUUUUUCAUCCUGCCGGGCCGGGCGCGGCCCUGGGCGUUGGCGAGCGGCGCGGGGAA